GAGGAUGAUGGAAACAUGGAGAUGAGGGAUGUCCAUGAUGACCCCCAAGUAAGAUACACACCUUAUGCAGCCUACCGCAACAACAGGAGAGAGAAAUGGCAUAAUGAAGAACAUAUCCAUGUUAAUCAGUGGAGAGACAGAAAACCUCAAGGGAGAGAAAUGGGGAGGGAGUCACGAGAUGGAGAGAAGAGGAACUGGUUCAAGGUCACGAUUCCAUAUGGGAGAAAGUAUGACAAGGCAUGGCUAAUGAAUUCCAUCCAGAGCCAUUGCAGUGUCUCCUUCACCCCGGUUGAUUUCCACUACAUCAGAAAUCGGGCCCGGUUCUUUGUCCAGGAUGCUAGCACUGCCUCUGCACUAAAGGAUGUCAGCUACAAGAUUUGCGAUGAGGAUGACCAAAAGGUACUGGUCUUCGUCGGCCCUUCCGCUGUACCCUACUCUGUGCAGAACACGUUCUCGCCAGAACAAGUGGAGCAGCUAAAGGUGACCAUAAGAAAGCGAUAUGAUGUCUCCCAGCAAGCUCUCGACCUCCAGAAGCUCCGCUUUGAUCCAGACUUGGUGGGCCAUGACAUCGACAUGAUCCUGAAUCGAAGAAACUGCAUGUUUGCCACCCUGCAGAUCAUUGAAAGGGAUUUCCCUGAGCUGUUGUCCUUGAACUUGCGAAACAACAAACUGUACCGGCUGGAUGGCCUGUCAGACAUCAUAGAGAAGGCUCCCAAAGUCAAGAUCCUGAACCUCUCCAACAAUGAGCUGAGGACCUCCACGGAGUUGGACAAGCUGAAAGGGCUGAAGCUGGAAGAGCUGUGGCUAGAAGGGAACCCCUUGUGCAGUGCCUUCCCAGACCAGUCUGCCUAUGUAAGCGCCAUCCAGGAUUGUUUCCCCAAGUUGCUACGCCUGGAUGGCCAGGAUUUACCCACAGCGAUCGUCGUGGACCUUGAUGUCCCCAAGUUAAAAAAACCCUGCAUGGAAGACUAUAAAGGAUCUGAGACCCUAAGGAAUGUAGUUCUGCAAUUCCUGCAGGAGUAUCAUUUGAUCUAUGACUACGGAGAUCGAGAGGGUCUCCUCAGUGCUUACCAUGACAAAGCAUGCUUCUCCCUGACCAUUCCCUUCCAUUCUAAGAACCCAGCCCAGAGCAGCUUUUGCAAAUUCUUCAAGGAUAGCAAGAAUAUGAGGAAGCUCGAGGAUUCCUACCAGUGGAAGCAGCUGAAGCACACGAAAUUUGACAUCUUGGGUGCCCUCUGUGUGAUGCCCAAGACUCGGCACGACCUCAGCUCCUUUGUGGUGGACAUGUGGUUCCAGACGGAAACCAUGCUCUGCUUCUCUGUGAAUGGGGUGUUCAAGGAAGUGGAAGGAAAGUCCCAGGGAUGUGUUCAUGCUUUCACCCGGACCUUCAUUGUUACUCCUGGCCGCAAUUCCAGUCUUUGCAUCGUAAAUGACCACCUGCUUGUAAGGGACGCCACCCCUGCUGAGAUCCAGAGUGCCUUCUCCAACCCCAUACCCGCACUCUGCUCCACCUUCAUGUCCACUCUCUCCCAAGAGCAGCGGGAAACAGUGCAGGCUUUCUCCAUCCAGUCUGGGAUGAAGCUCGAGUGGUCUAAGAAGUGCCUUGAGGACAACCAGUGGAACUACAUCAGAGCUGGUCAGGUCUUCACUAUGCUCCAGACCCAGGGCAAGAUCCCGGAGGAGGCCUUCAAACGGAUGCCCUGA